GUCGUCUGCAAUCACGUGUCAACGUUACUGUUCAAACUGAACAAAAAAUAUUCAAGAAAAUGGACGAACUGUCACCAAAUGUUUCCGCAAACGAUAAAAUCAACGAACAAGUUGUAGUUUCACGAGCAAAUCCUGGACGAAAGGUGUACAGUGCUAUGCCUGGGAAGACUAGAGUCAUAAACCAAAUUCCUGACGAUAUACUGAACGACGAAAAGCUAGCGCGUGCCAUAGAGCUUCUUCCGAGCAAUUAUUCCUUCGAAAUUCACAAGACGGUAUGGAAAAUUCGUCAGGCUGGAGCAAAAAGAGUUGCUUUGCAAAUGCCUGAAGGAUUACUUAUGUUUGCACUGACAAUUUCAGAUAUUCUUGAAGAAUUUUGUCAAGCUGAGACUGUGAUUAUGGGAGAUGUUACCUAUGGGGCUUGUUGUGUUGAUGACAGAACUGCCAUAGCGCUAGGAGCUGACUUCAUGAUCCACUAUGGACAUUCUUGUCUAAUUCCAGUUGGUCAAACAAGUGGAAUCAAAAUGCUCUAUAUUUUUGUGGAUAUAAAAUUUGACUCAGAACAUUUUAUAGAAACCAUCAAGUUUAACUUUGACAAAGAAACCCGCAUGUCAUUUGUUAGUACGAUUCAGUUUGUGGCCUCCUUACAAAAUCUGGUGAUGCGUUUGAAGGGGGAAGGGUAUGUGGCUAGUACUCCUAAAUCUUCACCAUUAUCACCUGGUGAAAUCUUGGGCUGUACCUCUCCUUCCAUAGACACCGAUGUUAUCAUUUAUCUUGGAGAUGGUAGAUUUCAUCUGGAGUCUGCAAUGAUAGCAAAUCCAAAAUGUAAAGCUUACAAGUAUGACCCCUAUAGUAAGGAAUUCACCCAGGAGUUUUAUGAACAUAAUCAAAUGAAAGCCAACCGACAAGCAGCUAUAAGUAUAGCAGCCAAAGCUCCGAGAUUUGGUUUGAUAUUAGGGACACUUGGCCGGCAAGGAAGUCCCAGAGUAUUGCAGGAGAUAAAAGAGAAGAUGUUAAAAUUGAAUAAGGAGUUUGUUACUGUGCUGAUGUCAGAAAUUUUCCCAGCCAAACUAGCGCUUAUGCCCAGUGUGGAUGCUUGGGUUCAAAUUGCAUGCCCACGACUGUCAAUCGACUGGGGUCUUGCUUUUGCCAAACCACUUCUGACGCCUUACGAAAUCAAUGUGGCCCUCAAAAAUGUAGAAUGGAAGGAUACCUAUCCAAUGGACUUUUACGCGUAUGAAAGUCUUGGUGCCUGGACGCCUAAUUUCAAACCAAAGUGUGAAAAGAAAGAAACGUCUAACAGAAAAUUAUAAUUUAUUGUAAUAAAGAUGGAUAAAUUUGA